CCAUAGAAAUACCACUGACGUGUCCACAAAAAGUAUCACUUUGGCGAUUCAUGAUCAUUCUAGAUUAGUAUCAAAUUUAAAACAGAAGUGUUUGCAACGUAAGUGUAACUGGUGUGUAAUUUAUUAAAAACAACAACUAAAAUCAUGGCACCAACAUUAACGAGUUUCGUUAAUUCCUUCAAUAACAGGCUAGAAGCACCGUUAAAACAACAUUUAAAAAAUGUUUACGGAUGCCUAUCAAUGUCGACAGUUUCGGCAGGAGUUGGAGCAUACGUUCAUAUGUACACAGAAAUUCUUCAAGCAGGAUUAAUGUCUACUCUGGGAGCAUUAGGUCUUCUUUUUGCUCUUCUUUGUACACCAGAUAAUGGCAAAAAUCAAAAAUUACGUCUCGGUUACCUCUUGGGUUUCACAUUUUUAUCAGGAUUGGGAAUGGGACCUCUUUUGGAAGCUGUUAUCAGUGUGGAUCCAAGCAUAGUCGUCACGUCUCUUUUGGCAACGUCACUUAUCUUUGUAUCGUUCAGCAUCUCAUCACUGUUGGCGGAUAGAGGAAGUUGGCUUUAUCUUGGAGGACCUCUAAUUAGUUUAUUAAAUUUGACUGUUCUAUUCUCGUUUGUCAAUCUGUUCUUGAGAGUGGCGAUUCUGUAUCAAAUUCGCUUAUACUUGGGCCUGUUUAUAAUGUGCGGAUUUAUUCUUUAUGAUACGCAAUUGAUUGUCGAGAAGCACAGAAUGGGCAGCAAAGACUUCAUCAUGCAUUCUCUUGAUCUUUUCAUUGACUUCAUCAAUGUUUUCCGUCAUCUUCUUGUUCUUCUUACGCAAAAAGAACAACAGAAUCGUAAGCGCAAAGAAUAAGUUUUAAAACUAUGGACUGCCAUGUCGAUGUAUUCAAGUAAAUCCAUAAUCUAGAGGUCUUCAUUUUAUCCUAUCCAUACUUAGGACAACAGUAUAAUACACAUAAAAAAAUAUAUACAUAUAUAUAAAUAAUAUACAUACACAAGUAAUGUCCACGCUAGCAGUCCAUUAAAGAAGAGAAAAACAUAAGAAUAUAAUUUUAAUACGAUAAAAAAAAAGAAAGUGCGCAAUUGAAUUACACUAUAAAAUAAUUUACAAUUAACACUUUGAUAAAUUCAAAGCUUAUCGGUUUGGGAGAGAGUGAAGUGUAUCUAUUUUUUUGAGCACUUAUUAUAAUUUCUUUCAUUUUUUUUCUUCCAUUAUUUUUUUUUUUCAUUUACUAUUUUUUUUUCUCGCUCAGAUUAUUCUAUAAAUUAUUGUCUAUAUAUAUAUAUUUUUAUCUUUCAAUAAAUGAAAUUUACCAGUUUUUCUUAAA